CUGAAAGGCCUGGGACCCCGGGGGACAGGAUCCGGAGUAACGGGUGAUGAGCCUGCGGGGCGCAGCCGGGAGCCCGGGAGCAACGGAGGGGGAAGCGAAUGGGUGGAGGUGCAGCAGGAAACGCCCGGGGCCUGGCCGGGCCGGUCGGGCUGGGGGCGCCGCGGAGGGGAGGGACGGGGCGGCGCCCGGCUGGCCUGCCGCGCUCGCUCACCUCGCCCUGGCGGCGCGCCCCGCGGGCAGUUGCGGGGAGGGGAGCAGGAUCUGCGGACCUUGGGCCGGGACCGCCCUCUCCGCGUUGAGGGCCGGCGGCGAGCGGCAACGACGGCUGGAACCGCAGCGGCAGUAUGAGAGCGGGCGCCGCUGCCCCACGCCUGCGGACACGCGGCCCGCGGCGGCUCUGUCCGCGCGCGCCAUGGGGGUGCCGUGGGGCCCCGCGGGCUGCGCGCGGCGCGGGCGGCGCGGGGUGCGGGGGCUGCCGCGGACCGCCUCGGCGCUGGCGGCCACCGGCCUGCUGUGCACAGCGCUGGCCGCCUACGCCUGCUGGGGGCAGCUGCCGCCGCUGCCCCGGGCCCCCCGCGCCCCGCCGCGGCCGGUGGGCGUGCUGCUGUGGUGGGAGCCCUUCGCCGGGCGCCACAGCGCCACGAGGCCGCCCCCCGACUGCUGGCUGCGCUUCAACAUCAGCGGCUGCCGCCUGCUCACGGACCGGGCCGCCUACGGGGAAGCCCAGGCUGUGCUUUUCCACCACCGAGACCUCGUGAAGGGUCCCCUGGACUGGCCCCCGCCCUGGGGCGUCCGCGUGCGCUCGGCGGAGGAGCUGCAGCUGCGGGUAUUGAACGGGGAGGAGGAAGCCCUGGACGUCUCGGGCCACAGGCCCCCGGGCCAGCGCUGGGUGUGGAUGAACUUCGAGUCGCCCUCCCACUCCCCGGGACUGCGAAGCCUGGCCGGUAACCUCUUCAACUGGACGCUGUCCUAUCGGGCCGACUCGGACGUCUUUGUGCCUUACGGCUACCUCUACCCCAGGACCCAUCCCAGCGACCAGCCCCCAGGCCUGGUCCCCCCGCUGUCCCGGAAACGGGGGCUGGUGGCCUGGGUGGUGAGCAACUGGGACGAGCGCCAGGCCCGGGUGCGCUACUACCACCAGCUGAGCCAGCACGUGUCCGUGGACGUGUUCGGCAAGGGUGGGACCCGGCGGCCGGUGCCUGCCAUUGGGCUUCUGCACACGGUGGCCCGUUACAAGUUCUACCUGGCCUUUGAGAACUCGCAGCAUCUGGACUAUAUCACGGAGAAGCUCUGGCGCAACUCGUUGCUGGCUGGCACCGUGCCGGUGGUGCUGGGCCCCGACCGUGCCAAUUACGAGCGCUUUGUGCCCCGCGGUGCCUUCAUCCACGUGGACGACUUCCCUAGUGCCUCCUCCCUGGCCGCCUACCUGCUCUUCCUGGACCGAAACCCAGCUGUCUACCGCCGUUACUUCCACUGGCGCCGGAGCUACGCCGUGCACAUCACCUCCUUCUGGGACGAGCCUUGGUGCCGGGCCUGCCAGGCCGUGCAGAGGGCUGGCGACCGGCCCCAGAGCAAACGCAACCUGGCUCGCUGGUUUGAGCGGUGA